GGGAUCUCGAAACUCGAAUACCCCAUCGCCUUGCACUCUCUUUCGACCACCAAGUCAAGAACAGGAUCGCCUCUCGACCUAGACACUUCAGUGGUAUCUCGCUGCAAGAUCCGACCGCAUACAUCACCUUCGUUAUCACUUCAGAGCUAGCCAACUGCAUACACAAUGAGAGGAGAAUACUGUAUCGCCGGAGCUUCCGUCUUCUCGUUCAUCUCGGUCGUGUUGAUGGUCUUUGCCAUCAUCGGACAAGUCAACCCGACUUCGCUCCCCAAAUCCAUUUACAUGGUCAAGCUCGAUGUCGCCGCCUACGGUGCCGGUCUGCAAAACGCCAUGAAAUCCGCACCUAACGGUCUCUACAUGACCAACGGUUCCGCCCCCCUGGGAAAGAACACCGGUCUUCGUCAGGAAUACCGAUGGGGUGUCCUCAACUCGUGUGGAUACGCCAAGGAGGGUGGAGUCUGUAACUCGACCAGGUUCCCCGUCGAGUUCCAGCCGUUGGAGACCAUCUUGAGUGAUACGCCUAUGAAGUUCUUCAUUCAGACCAACGACAUCAUCCCCGACGAGGCCGACAAGUUCCGAAGCGAGAGCUUCAACGGCAACUUGUCCAAGGUUGGGUCCGUCCUCAUGGUUGUCGGAGGCGCUGCCGCUCUCCUGGCGUUGAUCUUUGGUGUCAUCCCCAACCGGUUGACUUUUGCCGUCUCGACCGUCAUGUCGAUCAUUGCCACUUUGACCUUGCUGAUUGGAGCCGCCAUUUGGACUGCUAUCAUCAAGCAGGACGAAUUCAUCAACAAGGUUCAGGUCGAGGGAAAGAAGCCUCUCGGGAUCAUCGUCUCGUCCGGUCCUGCCCUUUACUUGACCUGGGUCGCCUUUGCCUUCUCCUUGCUCUCGGUCGCACCCUACCUGAUCUCGUGCUGCACUUACCGAAAGUGAGCGGGCUCGGCCCGAGUCUCUCGACGACUGUAACGGCAAAAUACGGAGAGUUGUGCUACCUGGUGGCGCUGGCAGCUGCCAGGUCACAUUGCACUCCACCUUCCCCUAACUCCUCAUACCCUUCUCCUCGUCCACCGUUCUGGUCCUAUUGCUCUUCUCAGGUUGGCCGAUUCUAUAUCUAUACUUUCACUCACAAAGAACGUUCUCUCCUUUGUUCCGGCCAUACGGUACCGU